AUGAAUAGAAUUAUUCUUAAAUUACUAAUUAAAUAUGGUGCAAACUGCAAUGUUCCUGACGGAAAUCAAGUGCAUCCAAUUGCUUUAGCAGCCCUAAAUAAGCAUCCGAAAUGUGUCGAAUUACUUUUACCGCAUGUAAAUCGUGCGAUAUUAAGAGGAACAGAUAUUGAUCCAGUUUUAGCGGCAACUUCUAGUGAUUGUUACAAUUCUGUCGCUUUACUAAUAAAAUCUGGCUACCCUCUUGAAACACCAUAUUACUGGGAAGAAAGUAUUGAAAUACCUACUCCGUACACAUCCCCAUUAUUUGAUCGUGAAUAUUGUACAGCAUUGUAUGAAGCUACACAAAAUGAAAAUCUUCCAAUUGUUAAAUUAUUAAUUAAUGCUGGCGCUAAGAUGACAUACAAAAAUUUAUGCUACUCACCAUUCCUGCUGGUUCUCGAGAAUUAUCUUCAUAUUGACAUUUUGCUUGAAUUUUUGAAAAAUGAUGUUGAUAUUAAUGCCAUAAGUGAUGAUAACAAUUUUGAUGUACCAGAUGCAUUACUUGUUAGUUUAUCAACCUAUAAAUUGGAUCGAUUACAUAUCCUUUUGUCGUGCGGAUUAGAUCCAAUGCUGAAGAAUUGGUGCGGAUGCAAAUACGGCAACCAAUCACUCUUGGAAAAUGUUAUGCAAUCACCGGAUGUUGCUAACAUAAAAAAAUUGCUAAAACUGCUACUGCACUAUUCACCAUCAAUACCAGCUUGCUGUAAUGAGAUAGCUAAUAUUAUCGGCAAAAAUUUAUCAAAGGUACCAACACUUCGUCAUUUAUGUCGUCUUGCUAUACGCAAAUCAUUUCCAACAUCACAACUUUUACACGGUCAAAUUUUGAAAAAUUUAUUAAUACCGCAAAGUUUGAAAAAUUAUUUGAAUUAUUGUCAUUCUUUUUCGUCUCGUUCACUUUCGCUUACCUUUAAAUCACUUUCAAUGUAA